CCCACCUUGCUAAACGAGGCUGGCUUACAAACAAACAAGAGUCGUAAUUUAACAACAGAUCAAGGCGGCCAUCGUCAACGACCCUCCUCCGAUCAACAUGAAGCUCUCGUUUUCUCUCUCUUCAAAACCCUCUUCGAAGCAGCAGCAACAACAGCAACCUAACUCCAAACCCUUACAGAAAUUCAACACUGACGACGACGACAACCGAGACUCAGCAAACAAAGAGUACCUGACAGAGUUCGACGCUUCCAAAUCCCUAAUCGAAUCCCAAAAUUCCAAGAAGCUCGUCAUCCCUCCUAAGCCCAACGAAUGGCGUCCUCACAAGAAGAUGAAGAACCUCGAUCUUCCUCUCCAAUCCUCCUCCUCCACUCCUCAAGAUCUCCAAUUCGAGCUCGAAUCCACCGCCACCACCGACGCUGACCCCAACAACAUGUCCUACGGCUUGAAUCUCCGCAAUUCCAACACUGACGAUGCCAACAAUUCUGAAUCUGAUGAUGUGAAGCCACAGCCUCAGCCUCAGCCUCAGCCUCAGCCUCAGCGACCAAUCCCUAUAGAGUCUGUGAUGUUGCAUAAAUUGAAGGAAGAUUUGAAGCGCUUGCCGGACGAUCGCGGUAUCGAUGAGUAUGCUGACAUGCCCGUUGAGGGCUUUGGUGCGGCUUUGCUCGCUGGCUACGGUUGGUAUGAAGGUAGAGGAAUUGGGAGGAAUGUGAAAGAUGAUGUCAAGGUUGUGCAGUAUGAGAGGAGGACUGCCAAAGAAGGGUUAGGGUUUGUUACUGACAUGCCCGUUAUUAACAAUAAUAAUAACACUAGUAGUAGCAAUGCUAUGAACAAGGAGAAGGAGUUGAGGGAUAUUAGAAGAGGAGGAGAAGAACAAGAAGGCCGGUUUCGUGUGGGUAAAGAUGUUAGGAUAAUUGGUGGCAGGGAUAUUGGGUUGAAGGGUAGGAUUGUAGAGGUAAUGGGUAAUGAUUUGGUUGUUUUGAAGCUUUCGGGGUGGAAGGAGGAAGUGAAGGUGAGAAUUGGCAAUGUUGCAGAGUUGGGUUCAGUGGAAGAAGAAAGAUGUUUGAGGAAGUUGAAGGAAUUAAGGAUUCAGGGUUCGAAAGGUGAAGUCAGUGGCAGUGAUGUUGAUGGGAAGAGGGUUAAGGAUUGGCCAAGUGGUCGUCGUCGAAGUCAUAGGCAAAAUAAGGAGGAGGAGGGGAUUGAGGAGCAAAGGAAAGAUGACAAACAUAGUCGAGAAGAAGGAAGAGGAAGUCAACCAAGAGAAGAAUUGAGAACUACUAAUCAAGUUCGUUGGCUUUCUAGUCAUAUUCGGGUUAGAAUUAUUAGCAAAGACUUGAAAGGAGGGAGAUUGUACUUGAAAAAAGGUGAGGUUGUUGAUGUGGUUGGACUUACGACGUGCGACAUAUCUAUGGAUGAUACUAGGGAGCUUAUUCAGGGUGUGGACCAAGACCUUCUUGAGACUGCACUUCCACGGCGUGGGGGACCAGUUCUUGUCUUGUAUGGGAAGCAUAAGGGUGUCUAUGGAAGCUUAGUGGAGAAGGAUGUGGAGAAUGAAACUGCUGUUGUCCGUGAUGCUGAUACCCAUGUGCUGCUUGAUGUGCGACUGGAGCAAAUUGCCGAGUAUAUUGGAGACCCAAGCUAUAUUGGGUAUUAGUUUUGUAUGCAGCGACCACAAUUUAGCAUCUAUAUGAUGAUGGCUGGUCUUCUAAUUUAGAAGGCAAAUGUUUUACAACCACAUGGACAUGUAUUCCAAUCUCUAUUAGGAUCAAAUUAUUGGGAAAGCAUACAACAGUCCCAAUUCAGGCGUGAUGAUGUUGAUGGCUCAAUUUGGGGGUUAUUGAUGUUGCAGCCGUCACAGAAAUAGAGGGGCGAAGAAGAAUGGAAUUAGGGAUGAGUGAGAAGGUCCACCUAUGAUGGCGUUUGUUUUUGCUUUUCUUGGGUCACUUCUGGUUUUGGUCAGUUGACUUGGCUGCUGGGCAAGGUAUAUAUGAAAAUUUGUGGUGAUGAAUACUGCUACUAAAUUUUGUAAUUGAGGGAGAUGAGUUGUGAUGAUGGAUACUGAUUGCUAAAAUUUGGAGAGAAUUUAGUCAGAGAGGGGGAAGUGACUGAAUUUUGGGUCUUUGUUUUAGUGAGGAGUCUUUAUAGCAAUUUGAUUUGUAAUAAGAAAUCAGGGGAUGCGGUGGGGAAUCCACCUCUGGUUACAUUCCUUAUACUGCAGAGAAGCAAAGGGAGUGAAGAGGAGAGAGAGAGAGCCCACUUUCAAUCCAUCACUUCUCAUUUUCUCAUUUACAAAAUUUCGACUCAUCAAUUAUUAAUUUUCCAUAUAUUCUUCGAAGACAAGUCUUCGACUGUGCCUUCAUGUUUCAACUUUAUUUUUUCAAUGG